UUACCAUAGAAUAAUUAUCUGAUAUUAUCAGACUUCAGCAGUUCAGCAGCAGGCAGGCUCUGAUAGACGAUUGUCUGGUAAUUAUUAAUUAUAUUUUAUUAUAACAGAAUUAUUGUCAUUCGGUCAUAAUAUUCUGGUCGUCGUAAUUGCUGAUCAACGAGACGAGAAUUUCUACUACGAGAUACCUAUUCGCAUUCAAAAAUGGGCUCGGAACAGAGUUCGCAAUCCAACGCCUCCGAAUCGGGCUCGAAAAAUCCGAAACUAAAGAGGGGCAAAUCGGUGCCCGAGAGUUCUUGGCCUCGGAAUUCGCAGGAUGGUCAGCACAGCAGGGCGGCCAGUACAAACACAUCACCCGGCCACAGCGUGUGCAGCGACGUCGACUUGCCGUACAUAUCGUACAUGGUCAACCGGCCAAUCGGAGAUUCACCGAAGAAACCCAGCAUCAUGAGCCGAGGCAGAUCAAUGCAGGUGGAACCUCAGCGAUCUGUGAAGAAGGCCCCAAAGUCUACGCCUAAGCACAACAUUGUGGUGGUCAGGGCGGCUGUACAAGAAAACCCGGAUAUGGAUGAGGACCUGUAUCGAAUGAAGGUGAAUUUUUUUGUCACUGCAGCUGUCUUAAGAUAUUUAAGUCAAGUACCAUCAUUUUUGCCAAUAAUACGAGGCACUGUAUCUUUGCCAGCAGCCAGAGAUCGAGAAGCAUUAGAGAGAAUCGAUUCCAAUGCAUUUUACAGACUGUGUCAACUUUAUCAGGCCUACAUGAGCCGCUGUGCAAAAGCAGUGACUGCAGAUCAAACUUUGAUCAAUAAACAAAUUUUGGAGCUCGACAAUGAAACCACACAAGUGUUAAAUUUGUAUGUAGCGUCUUACAAACAAUAUGCCAAAAUCAAUGAGCAAUUCAAAUGCAUCAAUGAUAUGAAUAAGCAACUGAAUUCUUGUCAUCUGUUGUUAAACAAGACGCUAGACUCUGUACAGCUGUUAAAUAACAAACUACCUCCAGAUGAACGGUUGGAACCAUUUGUGUGGACGACAGGUUAAACAAUGACUGAUCACAUCAUAUAUGAACACCUCUACUAGUCUAACAUAUUUUAUAUACAUUUAAAUUUUUAUUUUAUUGUUAUUUACUUAUAAUUGUUUUAGCGUUUAGAAAUCUUUGAUCUGUGUGAAUUUUUAUUUGUUUAAGUAUCCAUGGUAAAU